UAAAAUUAACCUGUGUUUCCAUUUGGUGAGGUAGCUGCCGAGCAAAGUAGCUAGUGUUUUGGUCUGAUAACUAUAUAAUAAUGCCUAGCUAGUUUUGUGUGCUUUAACUGAGGAAUGCUGUAUCUAAAGAACAUGAUGUGCAGCUGAUUCAUUGAUGUCUAUUUCUGACAACGUUCCUGAUAACGGAAGCUAAUUAACGUAGCUAGAAAUUGACAAGGGAGGGUUGGGCUCAGGACGAUGGAGUUUCCCGAGGACUUUAAUCAGCUGGAGUUUCUUGAGACACAUCAGCACCUUAUACCAGUAGGAACACAGAGCCUCUGGCCGGAAGAUGAUGAUGAAGAUGACGAUGAAGAGGAAAGGGAGGGUUCCCGCAGUGAGGAGUGGUACCAGCAACAGGAAAAAAUGCUGGAGAAUAGGCCGGGAGAAUUGCUGCUAUGGGCCUCUGAGAGGAACAGACUGGUCACCGUUAAGCGACUGCUGUCAGCUGAUCCAUUGCUUGUGCACAGCCGGGAUGAGGACAGGUACACCCCCCUGCACCGUGCAGCGUACAGUGGUCAUCUUGAAGUGGUGCGGACCCUGGUUCACCAUGGUGCAGACCUCCACGCCCGUACAGUGGACGGGUGGACUCCACUGCACAGUGCCUGCCGGUGGAACAACGUCGCUGUGGCCUCCUACCUCAUCCAACAAGGGGCGCAGGUCAACGCCCAGACGAAUGGUCUGCUCACCCCGCUACACCUAGCAGCGGGCAACACUGGUGCCAAGCAGACACUGGAACUCCUCCUGACGCAGCGCCAUAUACAGGCAGGACUGAAGAGCAGCAGUGGCGAAACUGCCUUUGAAAUUGCACGCAGGACUAGUGCACAUUACCACCUGUUUGAGAUUGUGGAGCCUUGCAAUAACCUGUUACCUCAAAGCUGAGUAACAGAGGGCAGGCCUGUGACGGCCUGCCGGAGAUUGGGACAGUCUUCUCAAGACAAAUUACGGAAAUAAUUUUAAAAUACUGUCCCGUGUACUUAAACUGCUACACACCAAACACAAUCAUGUUUUCAGUUGUGUAUUUACCUAUAUUUCAGAGCCAGAACAACCAGUGUUGCCUAAUAAAAUCAAGAUUAGUAAGUACAGAAAAGACAGUCGAGUAAACUCUGUCUUAAGUAAUUCUCUCUUAAGUGUGACACGAGUGCUGUCUCUAAUUUAAAGCUGUCUCUAUAAAGACUGUCUAGUCUUUAACCAAACUACUAAUGAAAUGCUAUAUUCUGGAAAGCAGCUAGAUAAAUAGGGAUGAAUGUGUGAUUUGAUGUGUGCGGUGACUUGCUGCCUCUCCCUACCUAGAAAAUGUUCAAAUGCGUAUUAAUCACAUUUGUUCAAUUGUUCUCUCUUUUUAUUUUCCAAAGACAUAUAACACAAUGAAAAUGACAAAUGUAUUCUAUUCGAUUGAAAAAUACAAGCAAUAUGAGGUAGUGGUAUAUAAACUAAGUAUACAAUGUCUUUCUUCACAGUAUCAUAUUUAUGCAAUUACAUUUUAUUGUUAAAGUAUAACUGGAAAAAUGACUGGCCUAUAAAUAAUAAAUUGUGAUGUCAUUGUGAA